AUGAUCUCCUUCUCCCACUCCAUCAUCGGUAUCUGUGGCGGUAAUGUAGGCCACAGUGGAGGGGGCCACAACAAGGAAGGGCCACAGCAAGGAGGGGCCAUAGCAAGGAAGAGGCUAAGGAAGGGCCACAGCAAAGAAGAGCCACAGCAAGGAGGGGCAAGGGCUAGGAGGAUGCCACAGCAAGGAGGGGUCAUAGCAAGGAGGAGGCUGCUGAAGGGCCAUGCAGCAAAGGAAGAGCCACAGCAAGGAGGGGCCACAGCAAGGAAGGGCCACAGCAAGGAGGAGGCCACAGCAAGGAGGAGGCCACAGCAAGGAGGCCACAGCAAAGGAGGAGGCCACAGCAAGGAGGAGGCUAAGGAAGGGCCACAGCAAGGAAGAGCCACAGCAAGUGAGGGCUACAGCAAGGAAGGGCUACAGCAAGGAGGAGGCCACAGCAAGGAGGAGGCCACAGCAAGGUGGGGCCAUAGCAAGGAGGAGGCUGAUGAAGGGCCACAGCAAGGAGGGGCCAUAAGUGAGGGGCCACAGCAGCAAGCGCUGCCCACAGCAAUGAGGAGGCCACAGCAAGGAGGAGGCCACAGCAAGGAGGAGGCCACAGCAAGGAGGGGCCAUAGCAAGGAGGAGGCUAAGGAAGGGCCACAGCAAGGAAGAGCCACAGCAAGGAUGCAAGAGAUAAACAGCGGCCAAUGUUUAUGA